AGCAAACUGAAGAGUGUGAUGGUGUUAUAGCUCAACUGGAGGAGAGGCUGGGCUCUAUGACAUCCAGACUUCAAGACAAACAAAUGCAUCUCAAUAACAUACAGAAUACCGAAGCAUUUCUCUCCCAGGAUCUCCGCAGACUACAAGAAAUUAAAGAGAGAAAUUUGUAUCGUCUGCCCGUGCUGCAGACUCGGGCCAAACACCUGCAUGCUGUUAAGGAGGGACGGUACACACCAAUGGCAACUGGAGUCACAGCAUUGGAGCUGGGUACACACAAACAAGAAGAGCGAUUGAAAAUGGUUAGCCUUACCCUCCAGCGUUUGGCUCAAGAAUACCCUCAGCACCACAGCACACUCCACAGGAUGAACAGCAUACUGGCAGAACACCUCCAUGGUGAAUGUCCAAACAGCCAGUGAGCACAGAAAUACAUAAUACCUAAAAUAAAACGCAUAAAUAAAAAUACAACAUUUGACAUAAGAGGAAUAUAUAUAUAGGUAUAAAUAGGUAUAGGUAUUUAAUUAUAAAAAAAAAAAAGUCCUACAGAAUUUUCUCAUUUACAGCUACAGCAUGAAAGAGUAGAGUCUUAUUUCAGUCCUACACCAACUCUUCAAUCAGGUCUCAGCAGUGACUACCUAGUACUAGUGUAUUUAUUGAAGCUUUAUGUAUAUUGUGAUUACAAGUGUCAGAUGAUGCAUUUAAUAGAUCGAUCCAUUGUGUUAGUCCAAUUCAAUUGUAAUGAUAAUGUAUAUUAAAAUUGAUCAUUAAAAUAGCAGGCGGCCGCUUUAAAAAAAUA